AUGUCGCAUAGUGAAACAAAAAGUAAGCCUAAACAAGAUCUGCAUGAAGUUAAAUACAUUCCAGUUGAUUCAGAAAACGUUGAUCCUUUUAAGACUGAAGAUGAAAUUAAAAGAUCUGAUACCCUAUUUUUAAGGUUUACUGUUCUUACAGCAUUACUAGCUUUUUUGGUUGGUGGAGCCUCGAUAGUAUGGAUGUCUCCUGCGGUACUUAAAUUAAAAUCUAAUGACACCAGUAUAAAUCCCUUAGGCAAACCCAUUACAACGUACGAACUAUCCAAAUUUGUAGGCUUAGAAGGGGUUGUAUCGAUAAUUGGUUCAUUAAUUUUACCAAAACUAGCAGAUGUAAUCGGACGAAAAAAGACAUUGUGGAUAAUGGCAUUUGUUAUAUGUUUAGGAACUACUGGACUGGCUUUUAGUACAAACAUCAAUUUUAUGAUUAUGUUUUCGUCGACAUCUGAUAUUGGUUUUGGAGCAAUUAUGAGCGUUUUACCAAUGUAUUUAACAGAAAUAUGUGAAGAUCAUAAUCGCACAAAAUAUGGUUGCCUCAUGUCAGCUUUUAUACCCAUUGGACAACUGUAUGCUUAUAUUAUUGGUCCAUUAUGUAGUUAUAAAGUUUUUACCCUGUUGACUGCAGCUCCCUUGAUUCCUUUUCUGGUUCUCUUCUUUUUUGUUCCUGAAAGUCCAGUGUAUUCUUUAGACAAAGGAAGAAAAGAAGAGUGUUUACAAACAUUAAAAAAAUUGCGACAUAAUAAAACAGAAAAAGAACUACAGUCAGAUUUUAGCAAACUAAGAAAAGAUACAGAAGCAACCACAACUACAACGAACGAAAUAAACAUCAUAAAAAAACUAUUUUUAACAAAGCAAGGGCGUGUUGGAAUGCUAUUGUCUUUAUUACCACUUUUUGUUCAAUAUUUUUCUGGGGUUCCCAUUAUGAUGAUGCUUAUGGCACCUAUAUUUAAUGAAUCUGGUUCAAACUUAUCAGGUAGUACAAUUGCUAUCUUUGUAGGAGUUCUAAAAAUAUUUCUCUUUGUCAGUACAUCAUUGAUUGUAGAGAGAUUUGGAAGGCGAUCUCUGUUAAUAGUUUCAGCUAGCGGAGCAGCAAUACCCGUAUCUCUUCUUGGAGUAUUUUUCUAUUUAAAACACAUUAACUCACCUUUAGUACCUCUAUAUCCUUGGGUACCACUGGUCUGCGUUUUGACGUAUAUUUCAUUUUACUCAAUUGGACUUGGACCAAUACCAAUAACUGUAAUGGGCGAAAUGUUUUCUUCUGAUAUUCGAUCAACUGGUUGUGCUCUCGUUACUACUUUUUCAUCGGUGGCUGUUACUAUGUAUAUCGCUGCUUAUCCUAUCGUGGCAGAGUUGAUGGGAAUUCAUUGGUGUAUGUGGACAUUUGGAACUUGCUGUUUUGGAGGUGCAUUAUUAAUUUACUUUUUAUUGCCCGAAACUAAAGGUAAAAGUGUAGUUGAAAUACAAGAAAUUCUCACGAAUUAUUAA